CUGCAGCAAUCAUGGUGUUUCAGCUUGUACGUGACUACUGGGUUCAUGUAUUGGUUCCCAUGGGAUUUGUCUUUGGCUACUAUCGAGACAAGAGGAGUGACGAAAAGCUAACUGCCUUCCGGAAUAAGAGUAUGCUAUUUCAAAGGGAACUGAGGCCCACUGAAGAAGUUACUUGGAAGUAAAGCCUGUGGCUAAAUCACAGAAUGUUCACAUUUU